AUGGAUACUGAUGAAACGAUGGGUGGUCUACCUCAUAGAGCUUAUAAAAGUAUUGACUUUAUUAGUUGUAUGGAUCAAUGUGGUGUAACAGAUGUUGGUUUUGUGGGUUCAAAAUAUACUUGGUGCAACAACUGGGAACCGAGAUAUAGAAUUUGGAAGAGACUAGAUAGAAUUCUAGUCAAUGAUCAAUGGGAACAAAAGUUUCAAAAUAAUAUGGUUAAACAUUUGGUCCGAACUGAAGUCUGGGGGAGGAAUAUUACUGGUAAUGCUAUGUGGAGACUCCACCAAAAGCUAAAAAUUCUUAGUAAGAAACUGAGUGACUGGUCAAGGACCACCAUUGGGAAUGUGUUUGAUCAAACUAAAGAUUGGGAAGAAAAAGUUCAAGUCCUAGAAGACCUGGAAUUAAUAGACAAUAGUGAUCAGGUCAGAGAAGACCUCAACAGGACACAUGCUAAGUACAUUAGAUGGCAAGCUAUGCAAGAUUCUAUUCUUAAGCAAAAAUCUCAAAUGAAGUGGUUUGAAGAAGGAGAAAGAAACACCAGAUACUAUCAUAGUAUCAUCAGGGACAAAAGAAGAAGGUUACACAUCCAUAGAAUCAAAAAUAGUAAAGAUAAAUGGAUUCAUAGUGAGAACAAGAUUGGUAAAUCUGUUGUGAGACAUUUCAAGAGGCUUUUCAGUAAUCAAAGCAAGGAAGUAGACUAG